UGGAGAUCUACUUAAAAACACCCCCUUGGGUGAGAAAAUCUAGAAAAUUAAAUUCCAAGGUUGAAUUAAAAAAGUUUCCUGACAUAAAAAAUAAGGUACAAGGUGAAAGCAUGGGAAUCAAGCCCAAAGAAUUUUCUAAUAAAUUGGCAUAUUCUAGGAUUAAAAAUAGAGCAUUGUCAUACCUCGUAUUGGCCUUUUUAGUUGCUUACCCAUUUGCUUUGUAUUUUUUAGGCACCAUGGUCGCCUUUUUUAUUCUUAAAAAAUAUGAAUGGAUCAUAUUUGGCAUAGGAACGCCCGCAUUCAUAGGAUUUGUCCUUUUGAGCGUGUUCUUGGGAACGUACUACCCAUUUAAAAAGUUUAAAAUUAUCUAA